GCACUAAUAGAGUGUGACGCUCACAAUCCUGAGCUGCGCUUGCUGAGGCGGAACUGAGAGGUUGUUCCCGUCCAGCUGUUAUGGAGUCAGUGGAUGAAGCUGAAGGACGGCAAGGAGAGCUGAAGAGGAAGGAGCAGUCCCUGAAAGCCUCCCAGAAAACAGCAGUGCUCGGUUGGCCUCCCCGGUGGAAUGGAUUAAUCCCCGGAGACAGCAUGUAUCUGUUUGUCCUCUCUCAGAUACUGCUUCUCUGCAUGAUGCUGUGGUACAGCACUUACGGGACCAUCCCAGAAGCUCAGAAUGCUUUUGACCUGCUCUCUUACUUGCUUACCCCAUUUAAACAGGUUUUUUCAGAUCAAGGGGAGAGCCUGACUACAGUUGGGAGUGUUGUGGUAUCAUACAUCCUGCUGUCUUUGGCUUCUCUAGGACUGCUCUUUGUAGGAUCUCUGUUUUGGCAACUCCUCAGAGCCCGACCAGACCCCCCCUUUCCACUGCAAGAGGACAGACGCCAGUCUGUGAGCCGGCAGCCUUCCUUCACGUACUCAGAGUGGACAGAGGAUAAAAACGAGGAUGACUUCCUAGAUUUGGAUCCUGUACCAGAGACUCCAGUCUUUGACUGCAUAAUGGAUAUUAAAGCGGAGACAGACCCAGCUACUCUGACGGUUAAAUCCAUGGGAUUGCAAGAAAGGAGAGGUUCAAAUGUUUCACUCACACUGGAUAUGUGCACCCCAGGCUGCUCUGAGCAAGGCUUUGGCUAUGUCAUGUCCCCACGGGAGCAAUCAGCCCGAGAAUACCUCCAGACAGCAUCGAACAUCCUGACUGAGGAGGAGCUGCACAAGAAAGCACUGGAUCCUUUCAUACUUCAGGCAGAGUUCUUUGAAAUUCCAAUGAACUUUGUUGAUCCAAAAGAAUAUGAUAUUCCAGGCUUAGUGCGUAAGAAUCGCUACAAAACAAUUCUCCCAAAUCCGCACAGCAGAGUGUGCCUUACCUCAGCUGAUCAGGAUGACCCCCUCAGCUCUUACAUCAAUGCUAACUACAUCAGGGGCUAUGGAGGAGAGGAAAAGGUAUAUAUUGCUACUCAGGGACCAAUAGUUAAUACUGUCACUGACUUCUGGAGAAUGGUGUGGCAGGAGCGUUCUCCCAUCAUUGUCAUGAUUACUAAUAUAGAAGAGAUGAAUGAGAAAUGCACAGAAUAUUGGCCAGAGGAACAGGUCACCUAUGAAGGAAUAGAAAUCACAGUUAACAGAGUCAUACAAGCAGACGAUUACCGUUUAAGGCUCAUCACCCUAAAGAAAGGAGAUGAAGUCAGAAACCUGAAACAUUACUGGUAUACGUCUUGGCCAGACCAGAAGACACCAGACCAGGCCCCUCCUCUGUUACAGCUAGUACUGGAAGUGGAAGAGGCCAUGCAGAGUGCAGAGGAGAAGAAUGCCCCAGUGAUUGUUCACUGCAGUGCAGGCAUCGGGAGGACUGGCUGCUUUAUUGCAACAAGUGUCUGCUGUAAACAGCUGAAGAACGAGGGCAUAGUUGACAUUUUGCGAACAGCCUGCCAGUUACGGUUAGACAGGGGUGGAAUGAUCCAGACUUGUGAACAAUAUCAAUUUGUGCAUCAUGUCAUGAGCUUGUACGGAAAGCAGCUUUCUAGAGCAGCAGAAGAAUAAGUGUUCAUGAUAUUCCUAAAGGCUAAAGCCAGGAGAACUUUUGACUGCACUCAGAUACAUUUCAGAUCUGAUAAGAGACACAUGGUAACCUGGCUGUCUUAGCUGGAAAGAUACUAUUUUACUUUGAUAUUGCUUUUAUGCUCUUGUUUGCAUUGACAUUUAAGAGCUGAGAUACGCCUUGUCUUAAACAUAUGUGACAGGACAUAAUCUUCACCAAAAAAGGCUUAUUUAUACUGUAAAUAAUAAUAGCAGCUUCAUUUGUUACAAAAGCAAGAAAAAGCCAGAAAAAUACACUGUCUUCAGUUUGCUAUUUUUUAAAAGGUCAUUGCUAAUAUAUCCAAAUACAGUGUGAAACUUUCUGAAUUGUCAUGCUGAAAUGUGCCGUAUGUUGACUAAGCUUGAAAGUAAAUUUUUGCCUCUUUCUGAUUGUUUUUACAUAUAAAUUUACCGAAUACUGUGUGUAUCGUAAACCUUCUGAGCCUCUGCAUAGAAAAACUCAAGUAGAUUCACGUUGAAAUGAUGUUUCACACAUCAUGUUUGCUUGUUUAUUUUUUCUAAAGCAGUCCACUACCAGUGUUAUCAGAAGUAAGGGGGAAACAAUAUUUCAAUGAGUCAAAUUCUUGUCUCGAAUUCUUACCAGCAGUGUACCCCAGUAUCAUGACAGCGGGGUGAAUCUGAGUAGACAUUAAUGCUUUGUGCUUUACCUUUUCUUUGUCAAUAUUUGGGCAUCUUAGUUAUCUGGCAAACAGAUUGUAUUUCUGCAAACAGUUUCUAUUUUUACAUAGAAUACAAUUUCUCCUGAAAUCUGAGAUUUUAAAUCAGGUGAGGAAUUUUUUUAGUUCAUCUUUAUUAGCAGUCUAAUAAUUAAAUCACUUUUAUUCUAUUAAUUUAUACUUGUUUCAAAGCUUUGAGGGUAACCAUGUGUCCAGUGCCUAUUAAAAUUAAUGCAAAUCCUAAAGGCAGCUUAAAAAAAAAAAAAAAGUGUGAACUUUUUGGCUGCAUUGUGAUAAAUUUGCUCUCAAGCCAAAUUUAGACAAUAAUUACCCCAUUCUAACCAGAGCUCCAGGCAACAGUGUUUCCAGUAAUAUAGACUGCUGCCUGUGCUUUUUGGUUUAGACUUCAAUCAGGCUGGGAAGAUUAUAGUUUGUGUUUAAUGCUUAGAGGUGAGCACACGGUUUAGUGCUUCAAUGAGCAGAGAAAAAUGGAGGUAGCAGGAUCCUUAACAUGAAAGAUGAGUGUUUUGUGAAUAGAAGCUCUGAUGACCUACUAAAAAUAUAUUUGCUUCUCUUUAUUUGUAACAAUAACCAAAACCCACUGCUUUUAUUAGUGCAGAGGAUUCUGUGAAUUUACUGCACUUCCUAAUCAGGAGAAGGUAAAGCAGCUCUCAGAACAAUAAGGGCUGAUCCUGCUCCCACUGAUGUUUUGCCAUUGACGUCAGCAGGUGCAGGGUAAGGCCUGAAACGUUACACCUACAACUUCAUCACUGUGGGGAAAAAGUUUCCCAAUAUUUCAGUACACAUCUUUGUGUUUAUUCUGUAUCCAUGAACCUGUAAAAAUCCUGUCUGCAGGGUUUGCAUGAAUGUGUGGCAAAAUGUGUUAUCUUUAAACCACUUUAUUUUAUUGCUGUAUUUAAAAUAUUUCCUUCAGUGAGAAGCUAGCAGAAAGAACUGGCAUUCUUUUUUAAAAUACUGGUGAUAGUCAUUAAAGAGAGCAAUAAACUUAAGCUUUUGAGCAUAA